AUGGCUGAAGACGAUACAUCACUGUAUCUUGAGGAGCAAGAAAAGAUUUAUUCAAGAGGUCCAGUCAACGAAUCAAUGAUACCUAUACCAAAUGUGCAAUUUACUCAACCACCACCGUUGCCACCCCUACCAUCUAUGUCACAAUACGCUCCAUGCAUGAAAAUGUCAGAGAAAUCAUUAAUAGGAAGAAUGAAGCACAUGUUGUUUAAACAAAACGCUUAUCCUGGUGCUCAACAAGGAAGACCUUAUUCAGUAGCGAUGGGUGAUAAUAUGCCAUUGGGAAUGCAUACCCAGCUGCUGAAGCAAGAACAACUAUGGAAGAUUAUCAAAGAAAGGCCUUUCGAACCGCAUGGUGUAAUUUCUGGAUCACCGCCGUCCCAACCAAGUAGCGCUGACACUUUCUUAUCUGGAGCGGACCAGUCGCCAGUAAAACGACAACCAGUGGUAAUUGGACGGCCAACCAAGGCAGUUUCUGGGUUGCUAAAUGGAGGAGAUUCAGACCCAGGAGGAAGGUACAGCUAUGCUGCGAUGGGUUCAUUAGAGGGAGAGCUGAACUCUAGUGCGGCCUUGGAUAUAAUCACCUACAAAAUAUUGGGACACAGGAAGGUAGGUUUAAAAAAAAUCCAGGACCGGUUGAAUGAGAUUGCGGAAAAGAAGUUUGCUGUGCAUAAACUUUAUGGAAAGUUGACCCAGGAGUUCAAUAUGUGGUCCAAUGAUGUGGUAGAGAGCGAAGAAGGUUUGAGAUUGGUCGAAGAGUUGCAAAGAGUGUUGAAAUUAGACAUGGUGAUGGAGAGGAACUUUGCACAGAAAUUUAGAGAUUUGGCAGUUGGAUUGAAUUAUAUCAAGUUAAGAGAAGACCAGAUGUUGAUUGCCAAGAAGGAGGUUAAUAAUGACAUCAAGAAAUAUGAAGCCGCAAAGUCAAAGAAAGGAGAAUAUCAUGAAGAAACGUCAUUUUGGAAAGAACUUGUCAACACCAAACAGAACUCAUUGACCGAAAUAACGAUUCUUUACCAACAGGCCCUUGCAAAGACUAUGCGAGAAUUAUUCACGUUGUCCUGUGUCACCUUUUAUGAGAACUGUACAGAAAUGAAGGAAGCCUGCAAACAGUUCUUUUCAGAUUCAAUGGAGUAUUUGGCAACCACUCUAGGAGAAGAAUAUGUGGAUGAGUACUUGGACGAGUUAAGGAAGAAAAGAGCUGACAAGAAGUGGGCCAAGUUAAGUUUUGAGGAUAAGAAUAACCCAAACAAGUUAGCUGAACUUAUUGGCAACAUGUACAAUGGUGAAGAUUCUUUGUUAAGUAGCGUUCCAAAGAAACAAUAUGUCAAGUAUUCAGCUGAAGCAAUCUUGAAAGAUGAAUUAGAGCCUAUGAUGAAGGAAAAAGAACCUAAAUUGAAGAUUGGAAUAGGCCUCGAUGAGGACGAUUGGUCACAGUUUCCUAGUGAAAGAUACAACGGCAUUGCUUCAAACAAGUACUUUUUGGAACGACAUCCGGAAUCGGUUGAUAAUCAUGAUUUGAAGGGGGGGAACUUCUCAUUCAGUCGCAAUGGGGAUCCCAACAAGGGCAGUAUAAGGACUUUAAGAGGUCUUACUUCUAAAUAUACUCGGUCAAAUAACCAGGUAUUGUCCACCACUAAAGAGGAAGCGACAGAAGAUUCCCCCAAACCUUCGUUGGUUGGCCAAGGAAGUUUAUACCAAACGCUACGUCCAUCAAGUCGGCAAUUCAGACCACAAAGUCAACAGCAUAGCCAAAAUAAGCAGCAACCUCCAACUGAGAAAUCAUACCAAGAAGUUGUAAUGAAAUUUGGAUCAGGAGGCCCUAGUUCUCUAGACCUAAGAUUUAAGGAAGCAGAAGAGGAAUUGAAUACAAAUAAAUGGGUAAAUUCAAAAAUGGAUAAGGUGGAAUCAUAG